AUGCAAAACAUCCGAGAUGCAACGGUUGUCCUAACCGACAGCAACAGCUGGACAGCCUGGUAUCGCCAAUUCAAAAUGAAAUGCGAAUCGCUAAGAAACUGGUCACUAGCAGAUCCCAAGAGCACUAUGGAACCAAAGCCAAGACCAAUACUUCCGCUCCCGCCGAUCAUUGCGGACUACGAGUCGAUCGCGACGAACACGCCAAUGACAAGCACAGCAUCAAGCUCCCGAACGCGCGGAAACACACAGCCAUCACGACGAGACAAGUCCAUUGUGGCAAUCGUGCCAACGCGAGUUUCUGAUCUAUCCCCAGAUGGUCAAGAGGAAUACAAGGACGAUCGGGAGGAUUACAAGCUGCGUCUGGAAGCCUACAAGCUCCAGGAGAAAGAGUAUCAGGAGGAACAGCCAAAAUAUGAGAAGCUGAUCAACCAUAUCCUAGCUACUGUGUCCCCUCACCUGCACCUGAGCUGCUAUGACUCAGGAAAGACAGUCCGGGAAUGGAACGAACGCGCGCGAGAACGAUACCACGCCGCGCUCAGACUUAUAAGAACACCAAACAACUGGGAGACUUGGUUGAUGGAAUACGACCAAGCAGCCACUCGAGUGGAGACCCUCGAAGUUGGUGAAGUACACAAUACCGAAGAUGUGACGAUUGACUUCCUAGGCGCUGUCUCGAAGGUGGCCCCUAUUUGGGUAGCCAUUUUCUCCGGUCCCGGGUACGACAGAACGACCAUGAAUUGGAGGAAGAUGAUGAAACUCUUCCGAGGUCACAUGAGCCAAUCCUACCCUGUCAAGGGCAAGCAGAAGAGCGCCUUCGCUGCAGGAGAAGCAUCAUAUCUCGCCGGCGGUGCAACCGCCCAGGAUACACAGAGGGACGCCUCUGAUGUAUUGCAAAGAGCGCCAUCCGCCCCUCCACAGGGCACCCUGGGAAAACCUAGGUUCAAAAGAAAACGCGAUGGUCAAGCGACCAAAUCCAAGCAGUCCCGAACAGGGACCACAGCGGCAGCUGGAGACGAGUGUCCUGCUUGUGGACAGCGCCACAAUCUUGCAGAUUGCUACUAUGCAUACCCUGAAAAGGCACCUGAAUGGUUCAAACCAAAUAGGAGCAUCACAAGCCUAGCGAUGAACGACCUUAACCCAGACAGGAAAAGAGCACGUCUCAAAAGCUCGUCACGAUCGAACACACCUCGAAUCAAAAUGUCGAAAACGCCGGACAUAUCAACAGAAUGA